GUAGUUCUAGUUAGAAAAACUUUAUGACUUUUGGAAAUUUUGCAUGUUGCAAAUUGCCGCGAUCGAAGUUAAGUUAUAGAAGGAAAUAAUGCUUAGAAACUUUAGUGUAAGGCGCUUGUGUGGCACUUUGAUCUGCCUCAACUUAUUUUGUUAUAUUGUUUCCUGUGACUUGGUUAAGGUUCCCAAAAGCAUUUUGGAGGAUGCAAAUCUGAUAACGCCUGAUCUCAUCAAGAAAUAUGGUUACCCAGCGGAAACUCAUAAGAUCCAAGCAAAGGAUGGCUUUGUCCUUACUGCCCAUAGAAUACCCAAGCCUGGCGGACAACCCGUCCUAAUGGUCCACGGUCUGUUGGACAGUUCGGUGGCCUAUGUGAUAUUGGGACCUGAAAAGUCUUUGGGCUUCUUGCUCAGCGAUUUGGGUUACGAUAUUUGGUUGCUGAAUACCCGAGGAAAUCGAUAUUCGCGGAAGCACAAACUAUACCAUCGUUACCAACCGCAGUUCUGGGAUUUCUCUUUCCAUGAGCUUGGGAUCUACGAUCUACCAGCUGCCGUUGAUUAUGUCCUUGCAAAGAGCAAAGGAUUCGAGCAGAUCCACUAUGUUGGUCACUCCCAGGGUACCACAUCCUUUUUCGUGAUGGGCAGUGAACGGCCUGCCUACAUGAAGAAGAUUAAACUAAUGCAGGCCUUGGCUCCAGUUGCAUUUUGGGACCACAUUGAUUCCCCGAUUAUUCUGACUUUUGUUAAGUACUGGCGACUCCUGGCUUUUAUUGCUAGAUCGCUUGGCAUUCAUGAAUUUCCACCGGAAAAUGAAGUUUGGCGUAGUCUGUUUCAUAAGAUCUGCAGCUUUGCUUUCCAAAACACUUGCACCUACUUCAUCCAAGAAUUAAUGGGCGUGAAUUUCCAACAGUUUAAUGUCAGCCUCGUCCCACUUUUUACUGGGCAUGCUACCUCGGGUUCGUCACUCAAGAGUCUGAUCCACUAUGGCCAAGAGAUCCACAGUGGUGGGUUCUUCAAGUAUGAUUAUGACAAUGCCUGGGAGAAUCGCCGAAGACAUGGAGCCGACACUCCGCCACAGUAUAAACUGCCUAACGUUGACUGCAAGGUAGCACUGUACUAUAGUAAAAAUGAUCGCCUAACUUCGGAUAUUGAUGUUGUACGAUUGCGAGACUCUCUGCCAAAUGUGGUGCAUGAUUACCUGAUCCCUAAUCCCAAGUUCAAUCAUGUGGAUUUUAUUUGGGGUAAUGAUAUUAAGAGUAUGUUGUACGAUCGUAUGCUGGAUGUUAUGAAGAGGGUGGAUAAUGGGGAGUUGUAGGUUAGAUUUUAAGGAUAUUUAAGUGAACCAAAAACCAAAUCAAAGGAAUUUUAAAAACCAACUUUUUCAUCCUAGUCCAGAAAUUAGUUUAAUUUUAAAAAUGUUCUUCAAGGGAUUCAAGUAGUUCAUUUCUAGAAAAUUCUUCUAUAAGAACUGCUUCAUUAAUUAGUUAAUUUAUGUAUGUUAUUAUAAGCCUUUUAAUUUACAGGGCUAGUUUGUUAAUUAGAAACCACUUCUCUUUAAUUAAAAUGCAAACAACUUUUGCAAUGGAAUUUAAA